AUGGAAAUUAGAAGAUAUAACAAUGAAGAAGCUUCAUCAUCAUCAUUUAUAACAGAUCGAAAACGACGAAGUGAACGAUUUUGUCUACCACCUAAAAUGAUAUCAAAUAAUAAAAGUUCAAAUACAUCAGUUAAUGUCGCCGAUUGGAAUGGAUCAAAAUUUGUUUUCGAAUGGCAAAUGAGAUGUCAAAAUCUUGAAACACUUUCAUUUGGAGAUAUUAUGCAUGAAGCUCUUGAAGGAAUUUAUAUCGAAGGAAAAAAGAUUGGUCAAGAACAUGAAGCUCAAUGGAUUAUUGAUCAUUAUGUACCAAUUACAAAGCAAUCAAAUAAAAAGAUUUUUCAAGCAUGUGUUCGUCUAUAUACAGCAGAAAGUUUUGUAUAUCGUCUUAUUAAUACGGCUUUACGUGAUAAUGAUUGA